AUGUUAAUUGAUGUAGAUAGACACAUUAGUAUAAUUAGAAAGCGCAAAACCGUAAAUUUAACGAAUUUCUUAAUAACAAUAUUAAUUCUUAUAACUAUUGCACUGAUUAUCUCAAGUUGGACCAUAUUACGACAAACAUCGGAACUUUUACAUGUAAAUAGAUUAGAUAAAUGGAGUCGAAUUGAUAUAGUAGGAAGACAAGAAGCUCGUAUUGCUGAUAUAAAAAAUUUUAAUCAAAUUUUAAUUGAAGUCGAAGAAAGUUUGGAAGUUACUAAAAAUUUUCUAGUGAAUGUUCAUAAUAUUGAAAGUGCAAAGAAAGCAAGACUUUUACCAAUAAUUCAGGAAGAUGAUGGGUUGGAAAAAAUAGAUUGGCACGAUAGAAAUUAUAUGGAGAAAGAGAAACUUAAAGUCGGUAUAGGUGAACAAGGACGACCUGCUUACCUUAUGUCUUAUGAGGCCGAAAGUGAAAAAUUAUUAUUUAACGAAAAUGGUUUUAACGGCUUAUUAAGUGAUAAAAUUUCUCUAAAUAGAUCAGUGCCAGAUAUUCGUUAUGAAGGUUGCAACUCAAAAAAAUAUCUUGCAGAAUUGCCGUCGGUCAGUAUAAUUAUAGUAUUUUAUAAUGAGCAUUGGAGUACAUUACUUCGAUCUGUAUAUAGCUGCCUAAAUCAUUCUCCACAGCAUUUAAUCAAAGAAAUAAUUUUGGUAGAUGACGGCAGUGACAAAGUGUUUUUAGGAAAGCAAUUGGAUGAUUUUAUAGCUGAAAAAUUACCUAAAGUUCAGGUAAUACACCUUCAAGAACGAAGUGGGUUAAUUUUAGCACGUUUAGCUGGAGCAAAGCAAGCAACAGCAGAAGUUUUAAUAUUUUUAGACUCACAUAUUGAAACUAAUUACAAUUGGUUACCUCCACUAUUAGAACCUAUUGCACUAAAUCCAAAGACAUGCACAUGUCCUAUAAUUGAUGUAAUAGAUUAUACAACUUUUGAAUAUAGGGCGCACGACCAGGGUGUCCGAGGAGCUUUUGAUUGGCAUUUUUCCUAUAAAAGGUUACCGUUACUACCAGAAGAUUUACUGGAUCGAACUAGGCCAUUUGAUAAUCCGAUAAUGGCUGGUGGGCUAUUUGCGAUAAAUAGAGAUUUUUUCUGGGAGCUCGGUGGCUAUGAUGAGGGUUUAGAUAUUUGGGGCGGAGAGCAAUAUGAAUUGAGUUUUAAAAUUUGGAUGUGUGGUGGUAAAAUUGUUGAUACACCUUGUUCAAGAGUUGGUCAUAUAUAUAGAGAUGUGGUUCCUUUUAAGAAUCCAAGAUCUAAUGAUUAUCUUCAUAAGAAUUUUAAGCGUGUGGCAGAAGUAUGGAUGGAUGAAUAUGCCAAAUUUAUUUAUGAUCGUGAUCCUGAAAGAUACAACAAACUCGACGCUGGUGAUUUAACAAAGCAGAAAAGAAUUAGAGCAAAUCUGAAGUGCAAAUCUUUUAAAUGGUUUAUAGAAGAGGUUGCAUUUGAUUUACCGAUGCAUUAUCCCCCCAUUGAACCACCAGACUUUGCACAUGGUGCAAUACAAAGUUACUCUUAUCCGAAUUUGUGCCUUGAUACUUUAAAUGCUAGAUUUAACGAGCAGGUUGGAUUAAGUUUCUGUACACAAAAUCUUACACAUCCUCCUGGUAAUCAAAACUGGGCUUUAAGUUGGCAUGAAGACAUACGCCUCCGUGAUAAAACUGAGUGCUUAGAUGUUUCGCAGAGUGUUGAAAACUCCCCUGUAGUCCUAUAUCCGUGCCAUGAUACACAGGGUAAUCAAUUAUGGCAUUACGAAUUAAAAUCAAAGUGGCUUGUACAAGGUGAAAAUAAGCGAUGUUUAGAAGCGGAACCAAAUCUCAAGAAGGUUUACGUUAAUGACUGCGAUGAAUCGAAUUUGAAUAUGAAAUGGAACAUUGGAUAUGUUAAUUUGACUGCGUUUUAAAUUUACAAUUAUUACAAUGGUAAUAUGGUUA